GAAAUGGAAGAGGGCUCCAGUUCUCCGGUCUCCCCUGUGGAUAGUCUGGUGACCAGCGAGGAGGAGCUGGACAGACAGCAGAAAAGCUUCCCGGGGAAGAGGAGGCAGAGCAAGAAGUCCAGCGAGGACAGCAGCGGCAGCAGCCCGGGUCCGGUGAAACGGGUCAAGAAACCGAGUCCGAGCAGCAACCAGUCAUACGAGGAGCUGCAGAACCAGCGGUGCCUGGCCAACGUGCGGGAGAGGCAGCGCACCCAGUCUCUGAACGAGGCCUUCUCGUCGCUGCGCAAAAUUAUCCCCACGCUGCCCUCGGACAAACUCAGCAAGAUACAGACGCUGAAGCUCGCCUCCAGAUACAUUGACUUCCUCUGUCAGGUGCUGCAGAGCGACGAGAUGGACAACAAGAUGUCCAGCUGCAGCUACGUCGCGCACGAAAGACUCAGCUACGCGUUCUCCGUGUGGAGGAUGGAGGGCGCUUGGUCCAUGUCAGCAUCUCACUAGCGCCCCGAGAGACCUUCAAUUACAAUGCCAAAGCGACUGUUUACUUCUACAAAGUACGAAGACCAAAGGGAUUAUUGAAGAACCCAUCGACC